AGCCCAGCAUGUUAAGUAGCGCUGAGACCUGCUACCCAGAGCCGCCUCUGCGCUAGCCAUGGCCACCUUCGUGCAGCUCAGCACCAAAGCCAAGAUGCCCCUCGUGGGCCUGGGCACCUGGAAGUCGCCUCCAGGCAAAGUCAAGGAUGCUGUGAAGGCCGCCAUUGAUGCAGGAUACCGCCAUAUCGACUGUGCCUAUGUCUACCAGAAUGAGCAUGAGGUGGGGGAAGCCAUCCAGGAGAAGAUCCAGGAGAACGCUGUGAAGCGGGAGGACCUCUUCAUCGUGAGCAAGCUGUGGUCCACCUUCUUUGAGAAGCCCCUGGUGAAGGAAGCCUGCAAGAAGACCCUUCAGGACCUGAAGCUGAGCUACCUGGAUGUCUACCUGGUUCACUGGCCACAGGGUUUCCAGGCUGGGAAGGACUUUAUCCCCAAGGAUGAUAAAGGCAAUGUCAUCGGUGGUAAGGCAACAUUUUUGGACGCCUGGGAGGCCAUGGAGGAGCUGGUGGAUGAGGGCCUGGUGAAAGCCCUCGGGGUUUCCAACUUCAACCACCUCCAGAUUGAGAUGCUCUUGAACAAGCCUGAACUAAAGCAUAAGCCGGUGACUAACCAGGUGGAGUGUCACCCGUAUCUCACACAAGAGAAGCUGAUUCAGUACUGCCACUCCAAGGGCAUCGUCGUCACGGCCUACAGCCCCCUGGGCUCCCCAGAUAGACCUUGGGUCAAGCCAGAAGACCCUUCCCUGCUAGAGGACCCCAAGAUUAAGGAGAUUGCUGCAAAGCACAAAAAAACCGCUGCCCAGAUUCUGAUCCGGUUCCAUAUCCAGAGGAAUGUGGUCACAAUCCCCAAGUCUGUGACACCAGCACGCAUUGUUGAGAACUUUCAGGUCUUUGACUUCAAGUUGACUGAUGAGGAGAUGACAACCAUCCUCAGCUUCAACAAAAACUGGCGGGCCUGUGGCCUACAAAACUCAUCCCACCUGGACAACUAUCCCUUUGACGCGGAAUAUUGAAGCUGAAUCUCAUGGUGAGAUCACCUGGCAGCUUCUCUUUCUUCACUGAAGCGUGAUUCUCUCCGCCCGGGUCCUAUUUUAGUCAAGAUUAUCUGAAACUGUACUGAGCCUGGCCCAGAAUCCAAGCAGUGUUGUAUCUAGAGAGUGUGUUCAAUCAGGUAGGGCUAUCACAGAAAGCAUGGCUCAAAUAAGCAAAUGCAAUUGUUACUUUCACUUGUUUGAUCUGAGUAAAUGUUUUUUAAACAUUAGAAACUCUAAUACUGAGGAUGCAAAGAUAAAAAGAAUUAAAAAAUAAUAACCAA